AACAAAACCUAAACAAAACCUGUGCUUCAACCUCAAUAGAUCCACGCAGCUGUUCUUUGGGCCAAAGCUGUAAAACAGAUAAUAUUCGUGUUGUGUGUCUGUUGAAGUAGGAUUUACUUCUAUUAGAGCUAUUUAAACUAUCUGCAAAGAAAUGGCCGAGUCUGCAGCGAGUCAGUAUGAGGAUCAGUUCAUCUGUUCAGUCUGUUUGGAUCGGCUGAAGGAGCCGGUGACGAUUCCCUGUGGACACAGUUACUGUAUGAGCUGCAUUACUGACUGCUGGGGCCAGAAGGAGCAGGAGCCACCGUACCACUGUCCCCAAUGCAGAGAGAGCUUCAGUCAGAGACCUCUACUGAAGAAGAACACUCUGAUAGCAGAGAUGAUGGAGACGCUGCAGAAGACGUCUCUACAAACGGCUGCUGUGGAGUGUGAUGUUUGCACUACGGAGAAGAGCAGAGCUGUAAAGUCCUGUCUGCAGUGCUUGGCCUCCUUCUGUCAAACUCACCUGCAGCUUCACUAUCAAUCUCCUGCGUUUAUGAAGCACAAACUAGUCGAAGCCUCCAGACACAUUCAGGAGAACAUCUGCCUCAGUCAUGGGAAACCUCUGGAGAUUUACUGUCAGGAUGACCGUCAAUGCAUUUGUUGUUUGUGUAUGACUGGCAAUCAUAAAAACCACAAUGUUGUAUCUAUGGAUUCAGAAUGGACUAGUAAAAAGAAAGAGUUAAAGGAGAUAAAGGUGGUGUGUCAAAAGCUGAUUGAGGAACGAGAAAGAGGUCAGCAGGAACUCAGUGAAGCUGUGAAGUCUUUUAAAAGUUCAGCACAAGAGGCCGUGGAGAACAUUGAGAAGGUCUUCACUGAGCUCAUCUGCUCUCUGGAGAAGAAACGCUCUGAGAUUAAAGAGCAGAUCAGAGAUCAGGAGAAGACUGAGAUAGAUCGAGCUGAGAAACUUCACAAACAUCUGGAUCAAGAGCUGACAGAACUCAGAAAAAGACAAGCAGAGAUCGAGAAACUUCUGAUUACUGAUGAUCAGAUCCACUGUCUGAAGAGCUGUCAGUCUGUGUGUGUUUUACCCUCAUAUGAAGACGUUCCCAGCUUCACUCAACACACUCAUCUGUCUUUUAAAGACAUUUCAAUCUCAGCAUUCAGAGAGGUUUUGGAGGACGUCUGUCAACAGCAAACAGCCAGAAUUUUUCGAGAAGUGUCAAAUGUCCAUGUUGCACAGACUCCAGAGCCAAAUACUCCAGAUACAUUUUGGCAAUAUUUCUGUCAACUUCAAAUGGAUCCAAACACUGCACACAAAGAACUUAAACUGUCUGAAGAGAACAGGAAAAUAUUGGGUUUAUAUGAAGCCCAGCAAUAUCCUGAUCACCCAGAGCGAUUUGAUGGGUUUCAUUACAUCUUGUGUAGAGAGGGUUUGUACGGUUGCUGUUACUGGGAGGUUGAGUGCUGUGGGGACAUUUGGGCUGUAGCAGUUUGUUACAAAGGAAUUGAUCGUAAAGGAAGAAGUGAUGCUUGUAGACUUGGCUCCAACAAAAAAUCAUGGAGAUUGUCCCGCUAUCAGCAGAAUGCCCAUUUCAUACAUAAUAAUAAAGAAGUCUAUAUACCUGCUGUCCGCUCCUCUAGAAUAGGAGUGUAUCUGGAUCACAGAGCAGGAACUCUGUGCUUCUACAGCGUCUCUGACACAAUGACUCUACUACACAGAGUCCAGACCACAUUCACUGAACCCCUCUACCCUGCAUUUCUAACUGGGAAAGGUUCAUCUGUCAGGAUCAUAGAGCAGAGAAAAGUUCAGAUAGACGAUAAAAAAACAUAAUUGUUCAAGGUUCAAAUUCAGCUGCUGAAAUCCUGAAAUGUGUAGUUUGGCUGAACAAAAGACAUACAAUUUCUUGAACACCAACAAUAAAUACACAACACACACCUGAGACUGUCAAACUGGAUAUCAGUAAAUAAAUCUAUAGUACGUUAUCAGAUGUUCCAAAAUCAGGUGUUAUAAAGAUUUUGUGUCUUCUGUAAUCUGAAAGUGCUCAUCUUCGGCAAUAUUUCUGUAGCUCAUUAUAAUAAUAAUGUCUGAAUCCAUGAUGCAGUUCAUCAUUAAGCCAGCAAGGUGUCAGGGUUAAUAUGUAAAAGAAAACUGGUCGUGGAAACUAUUAGACUGCGUUUACAGGUUAUGCUGUUGACAAAAUAAUUAUAUUUUACUUCACACAUGUAUUAUUAUUAAAUGUAGCAGCAUUUUGUGUGUGUGUGUGUGUUACCUGUUAAUUUAGCAAUUUCUUUCUUUAUAAAUGAUUUCUUUAGAGCUUGGACACCUGAGUUGACUUGAUUCUUUUGCUAUUUCAUAACUACAAUAUCCAAUAGUGUUGGCAAAAAGCUGAGAAAUACCUGUAAAACCUUUAAGA